AUGUUGGGAAAUAACUUUGUGGACAUCGAGGGGAAAGGGGAAGAAAUCUUGAACUUUUUACGGGGUGGCGAGGAGAAAAUGGAUGAGUUCGAGAGGAUAAUGGAUGAGUUCGAGGGAGAACUUUCGAGAAUCAUCGGGUUGGGAAGUCUCAAGACACAGCUCCGGUGCUGGGCCAAGCAAAUGCUGAUCGACGAAAAACGUCGAAGCCUCUCCAUCAAAGUCGGCCAAAGAAGGCCCCCUCACAUGGCCUUCCUCGGAAACCCUGGAACUGGUAAAACAACAAUAGCCCGGCUGAUUGGGAAACUCCUGCACAUGGUCGGCUCGAUUCCAAGCAGUAAGGUUGUGGAAGUGCAACGGACCGACUUGGUUGCAAAGUAUAUUGGUCAGACAGGGGCACAGACAAGAGCAAAGAUCAAGGAAGCUGAAGGCGGGAUUCUGUUUGUAGAUGAAGCGUACCGCCUAAUGCCGACAAAUUUGCAGACAGGCGAUUUCGGGAAGGAGGCUCUUGAGGAGAUGAUGUCCCACAUGGACAAAGGCAACAUAGUCGUCAUAUUCGCGGGCUACCGUGAAGAGAUGCAGCACUUGAUAUCCGCCAACCCGGGCUUCAGAAGACGUGUCACCAAGUUUUUCUACUUCGACGACUUCACCUGUCGGGAGCUUGCAAACAUUGCCCAUCUCAAAAUAUGUGAUAAUAGGAGCCCUCUGUACGGUUUCAGGCUGCACGAGUCGUGCACCGUGGCCCGGAUAGCCGAGAAGUUGAAGCAGGAAUCCUCUGUGGAGCAGCGCAGGGAGAUGAAUGGGGGUUUGGUGGAUUUGAUGCUUGUUAAUGCGAGAGAGAGUUUGGAUGGGAGGCUUGAUGUCUCGUGUCGGGAUAUUAACACGUUGCUAACGAUCACGUUGGAGGAUUUGGUUGCCGGGCUUAGGUCGAUGAAGGAGCAUAAACACUUAAUGAACAAGGACUUGGCGGCCGAGAUUAAACAGCUGCCCAAAAACGACUCGGAGGAGGACUUGGCAAUGAGGAAGGUCUUGGAGGACUUUGCAGCCGAGCUUCGGUCGAUCAAACAGCAGCCCAAACAUGACUCGGAGGAGGACUUGGAAAUGAGGAAGAUGUUGGAGGACUUGGCAGCCGAGGCGCACAUGACAUGA